AUGGCCAACGCGCAACAGCUCAUCACCAAAGCCACCGAGAAAUGCUACCUCAAGUGCAUCCCUGCUCCCGGCGCGAGUUUGUCCGGAAAGGAACAGACCUGCCUCACAAGAUGCAUGGAGAGGUACUUUGAAGCUUUCAACAUCGUCUCCUCCACCUACGUCAGGAGGGUAGGGAAUGAACGUGCUGCUGGAACUGUGGCUGAGGCCGGUCUCUAG